GCCUUUCAAUAUAUGUGUUUUACAAGGGAUUCCCCUCCCGUUUACAUACCCGACAGAUUAAACCGGAGUUCUUGUAAGCGAGUGUUUAAUUGUAUCUAGGUAUAGGUGACAUCGGUAUAAUAUCACAACCGCCGUUCGAUCAAUGCAUGCGGUUUAAAAUGUAAGAAUACGCGGUGAUAUUGCGUGGACGAAUUUGGAUAUAAAUACAAACUCUGGCAGAGACAAGAGGCAGUUUAUAUUCACAACUUUACAAGACAUCCCUUAACUACAAGGUUAGGUAACUGAAAGACCUCGUUUAAAUGAUAAACUUCUAUGUGGCCAGUUGUACAGGCAUAGAAAACAAAAUGCCUCCGGAGAACAAACGCUCAAGAUAUGAAAGCCAAAAAUCGACUUCAACAGUAAUGACUGACCUUUCUACAGACUCCGAUGAGACUGGAAAUUCACACCAACCAACCUCAGCACCCAGACGACCCAGUAAUGAGCAAACGCCAAAAGAGCGGGAAACGAAGCGUGCAGUCCGAAAGAGACAAGUGUCAUUUUCAAAUGGUGCUGACGAAGCCGAUAUGUCGGAAUUGCAAAGAUUACAAAGCACGAAUAGCAACGAAAUAGACUCGGUAAUUCAUCAACCGAAUUAUGGUCAACAAAAAUAUUAUAAACAACAAACUUCGUACACACGUGUACCGUUGGAUGAUGAAAAUCUGUCUAGCCUUCAACGAAAAGAUAUUGCGCGAACGCGGAGGACUCGUCGAUAUACAGAGGGUAACAUUUGCUAUGUUGACCGAGAUGUUGAAAGGCAUAUGCUGGAAAAUGAGACAGGGAUGCACCACAGUAAAACUGUGCCAAAAUUGGUUUACCAUGAAAAGGGAUGUAAAUGUCAAGCAUGUUACGCAGAAUAUAAGCGACGAGAGAAGGAACUUGUUGAAUAUUUAGUUGAAAACGAUAGAGAAGACCGAAUGCCCAACAGAAGUUAUAGUUUAACAUCUUUGCAUGAGCAAAAAAUUCGGCACAUCAAUAAUAUAAAUCCCUUUUGCCAAAACUCACGUUCUUAUAACACUCAACGAGGCCAUGUGGAUACAGUCGUACAACUUAACAGUCAAUUCCAGCCCUACAUACACCCAAUCCAUAAAUACAACAAAUCUCGCUCAUUUGAUAUCUUAGAUCCUAUUGAGAGUGGUGAUGGUGAAGUUCCAAGACUGGGAAAUCCCCCCUGUCGACCUUUGCCAGAAGUUCCCAUUGAAAGUGAUGCGGGUACGUCCGGAUACGCACAGAUGGACCCUACGAGUAAAAAUUCCGAUCCAGCUUCCAGCGCCCAAAGUGAAAGCUAUCAUUCAAGUCUUCGAAGUAGCAAGAUGGAGCUGUUGAAACAUCCAUUAUUCCGAAUUCUGUUGGUCUUAAACGUGCUCCUGCUCCUGGCAAUCACUGCUGGAAUACCUACCUACUUGUACAUACUCAAUAAAGACCCUGUGCCGAUUUCAACAACUCCUGAUCCUGGUCCAACUUUGCCACCAAACGAGCAGAAAGACUGUUUAUCUUGUAUGGAGGUUCAGGGAAUCACUUUAUUAAACCCGCUUGAUCUUGGCCUUGUUCAGGAUAUAAAAAACAGAAGUCUUUGUUGCGUUGAGAAGGGGGCGAGCAGUCUGAAAGUUUUCCUCGAGGUCAUAUCGAGAAUGGGAAAUAAAAGUACAGAAAAAACACCUCGUCCAGUUCUACAGCUAACUUCAAUGUCGGCUGAAAAGUUAUCUAAAGAUAAUACGAUUAUCUGGAGUGACAAAGAUGGACAGAAAACCGUGAAAUCGAACACACUUCGGCUCGUGGAGGGAAACAAGGCUGUGCAAAUUAACCAUGGCGGGUUGUAUUAUGUUUCCACAAAAUUGUCCUUUAUCUCCACGAAAACCAGCAUUGAUGGGGAGUCGUUUGCCAUUGGUCAUCAGAUUCUAGUGGAUGGCGUUACAUUCGAGGAGACAUCCCAGAUGUGUUAUUUUCCACCAACAAAUAAAACUCUUGCUGUCGAGCAUGUUAGUGCAAAGCAGUUUGUCAAAUACUUCAAACCACAAGAGCAGAUCUCGGUGCAGGUAAAAUCUAAAUUAAAUUUUAAACCUGAAAGCGCGCAGAUGAUUCUGUUUUAUCUUGGACAGAGUGCGCACUGAAAAUCGGAGACAGAUCACGGUUUUGACGUAAACAUGGGUGUGACAUAGAACGUGCACGCCCUCUUCCAGAAACUGGAGAUAAACUGAUAGGGCUUCACACGUGCAGUCAUUUUCGGCUAAAUUUAGUCUAAAGUGGUGCAUUCUGGUGUAAAUUAUGUAUAUUUUACAACCAUAUAGUCAUGAAAGGUCAUAUAGACAAGUAUAAGAGGGGCGCAUGUUUCGAGUACCCACCCAUCCCGCCACUGGCUCUUCUAGUGAAUUUUCUGUAUACUAGACUUAUCUCAAGUUCGGAAGUAUUUCAGUGAAAACUUACCUUUCUAGUACGCAUACUUGCUCAUUUGCAAAAUAUAAACUAUUUAGUGGUCAACAUUCUAUUUUGUCAAAUGAGAAGACAUAAUUUCUGAAGUUUUCCAAAACAUUUAUUUUAGUAAAUCAGCAGUUAGGCGUAAUGGAUUUUAUCAUGUGAAGCGGUGGAUGUAAAUAGUGGCUGGCCCAGGUAUUUUACACAAUAUAAUGUAGACCACUUAAAAAAACUUAAAGAUUGUUAGUAUGUUCUUACACAAGAUAAAUGGUCAUGCGACUAUAUAUAUUUGCUUAUGUACAAACUGUAUUUGUAGAUAAUUAUACGCUUUAUGCGUGAUCAUAUUCCGCUCAAAGGUUAUUUGUAAAAGGAAGAUUUCUAUUUGAGUUUACUCAACAACGAGUUAUAGAUAUGUAAUAUCAUGAUCGUCCUGGUAUAGAUCCAUAUACAGAAAGGUUGUUUAUGUCUGAAAUAGUCAGAAAUUUUAAAGUUUACUUUAAAACUUAAGUAAAUGCAACUGGUCAGAAAAAAGGUGGUCAGUAUAAUAAAAUAAGGUUGUUUAUGCUGUGUGUAUAUGUGUUAAAUACAUGUACAUUGUAAAUAUAACAUAUCUACAUCGUAUAUUUAGGCUACAUUGUACUAAUACAUGUAUCAUGUACUGAUCUCUUAACGUAAUGUAAAUAUUUGUACAGCGGUUAUCUAAAAGAUACAAUACACUACACGACACUUAUGCGUAUUCAGUGUUUAAAUGUGAACUAUAAAUACGUGUUUUCACGUCUCAUUUAAAGUGUAUAUAUAGACGAAUGAUUUACAACACAAAUUAUUCUUAUUUCCAUCGUAACAUAGCUUGUUUGGAUCGUGCACGUCUCGCAUGGUGACUUCCAACAUGCGGGGUUUUAUUUAUUUUGGUACACUCUCAACCAUGAAACUAGAAAAACAUAUGUAUACAACUACUUCCAUCAUAAAAAUUUAAUUGUAUAAGGGUGAAUCAAUAAGUGUUAAUCUACAUCGCACGGGCAGCAAAAAGAGUCCUGGUUAAUUUGAAAACAAAAUCUUUAAGUUUCUAAUGGAAUUUGUAAUGAAACAUAAAAUAUAUCAGGUAUCAUCAAAAACGGGGAAAUUUCCUUACUUUUAGCGACGAAAGUGCAUCAGCCACGUGCAUAUAUUAAAUAAUAAGUGCACGUGCAAUGGCAGUGCUGUUAGAUGAGCGAACGCCACUCAUUGACUGCGCAUGCGCUAACUGAUACAGUUCAGGGACAGUCAUAUUUACUUAUAAACCUGAUAGAGCAGACUACGCUGCUGUUUUUGGUCGAUUUUUCUCUUUUAUUAUUGAAAUAACCAAAAAUUGCAGACAUGGUCAUAUUUCCUUUGAUCCAGAAACAGUUCAAACGAAAUGCAAUGCUAAAAAAGUGUCGUAUAGUGUCUAUAGAAGAACGAAUGUAUUGAUAUCUUUGCUCAAAUUAUUUGUAUAUAUCGAACCUUAAUAAUAGCAAUACAUUCAUCGGGUUCGUAAACAUGUGAAAUAAUAUUGCUUAUAAAUAAUGUUAUAAGUACAUUACUAGUCUGGCUGCGUGCGUUGAGCGAAUUGUAUUUCAACUAGCUCUCGUAGGUAAACCAUUAAGAACAGGCUAAUCAUUACUUUUGUCUGAGUUAACAACAACGCUGAUCAUGGGUUUGACUGGGUUAACAACAGCGCUGAUCAUGAGUUUGACUGUGUUAACAACAGCGCUGAUCAUGAGUUUGACUUUGUUAACAACAGCGCUGAUCAUGAGUUUGACUGGGUUAACAACAGCGCUGAUCAUGAGUUUGACUGGGUUAACAACAGCGAUGAUCAUGAGUUUGACUAGGUUAUCAAAAGCGCUGAUCAUGAGUUUGACUGAGUUAACAACAACGCUGAUCUUGAGUUUGACUGGGUUAACAACGGCGCUGAUCUUGAGUUUGACUGGGUUAACAACAGCGAUGGUCAUGAGUUUGACUGGGUUAACAAAAGCGAUGAUCAUGAGUUUGACUGGGUUAUCAAAAGCGCUGAUCAUAAGUCUGACUGGGUUAACAACAACGCUGAUCUUGAGUUUGACUGGGUUAACAACGGCGCUGAUCAUGAGUUUGACUGGGUUAACAACAACGCUGAUCUUGAGUUUGACUGGGUUAUCAAAAGCGCUGAUCAUGAGUCUGACUGGGUUAACAACAACGCUGAUCUUGAGUUUGACUGGGUUAACAACGGCGCUGAUCAUGAGUUUGACUGGGUUAACAACGGCGCUGAUCUUGAGUUUGACUGGGUUAACAACAGCGAUGGUCAUGAGUUUGACUGGGUUAACAAAAGCGAUGAUCAUGAGUUUGACUGGGUUAUUAAAAGCGCUGAUCAUGAGUUUGACUGGUUUAACAACAACGCUGAUCAUGAGUUUGACUGGGUUAACAACGGCGCUGAUCAUAAAUUUGUCUGAGUUAUGGAUUGUUUUAGGCUAGACAAUUAACCUGAUCAAGAUUGUUACAUAUUUGUUAUGAUCUCAAACGAAACUAUAUUGUGCGAAUCAUUUUAAAUCGGGUUGUUUUUAUGUUUGAUGUCAUAUUUCUAGUCAUAGUUAUAUCGUAUUCAUAAUUUGCUAAACAAUACGAUUGUUUAUCUGUAUCCAUAAACUAUAUAUACACGCAAUUGUAAAUUUCUACAGCCCUACAAAAUGCAAAUUGGUUGUUAUUUUUGAUAUACGUUGUAAUUAUAGUUCCCAGUAAGACAUGAAUUGUUCAUAGUAUCAUGUAUGUCCCAUUAUUAACUGGUGAUCCCUUUGUAAUACUGUACAUGUACAAAAUUUGGCAACAUAUCUCUAUGCCCUUCUGUUAACGUAAUGUUCUUUUUUAUCUAUAUUGUUAUGUUCUGUUCUGUUCUGCCAUGGAUUGUUUAGUUCUGUUAUAAUAUGUUUUGUUUUAUGUUGAUAUGUUCUGUUCUGUUCUGUUAUGAUCUGUUUUGUUCUAUUUUGUUAUGUUAUGUUCUGUUCUGUUCUGUUAUAUAAUGUUCUGUUCUGUUUCAUAAAUUCCGUUCAAAAAAUGGUCAAUUGCAAGCGUUUGCUCAUUACCUCCCUCGUAAAACACAAUUGAAAAAGAAACAAUUCACUUACAUCUGUACCAUAUCACUUAAAGGUGUCGCAUCAUUGUGCUUCGUAUGUAUGGAAGCGUAUAGCGUGCAUACAGAUGAUGUGAUCAUGUUAGUCAUGUCGACUUGUUUUAUGUCGAGUUGCGAGUUAUACCACGACAUGUUGCAAUAAUAUGUCAACGUAUCUAUUCAAUAAGUGGACAAGUCGACCUAAUUAUUGCAGCAUGACCUGCUAUAACUCGAAACUCGACAUGACUACAGUAUCACAUUAUCUGUAUGAACGAUCAACUCUUCCAUAACGUAUAUACUAGUAUAUGUUCAUAAAUGUAUGCACUAUUAUUGUAUCACAUAAACUUUAGGUACGAUAUACUCUUCCAUAUCAUAUGUAUAUGGUCAUGAAUUUCAAAAAAAACAUCAUUGUAAAUGAAUCAUUUGUUCAACUAUACCCUUUAUAUUCAUGUGUACAAACACACGCGGCUUAUAGAUAUUACAGUGACUUUAUGGCUAACAUAACAAUGUACAAUCUGGUUAAGUCUUAAAAAAAUCUCGCCUUACUCUUAAUCUCAUUGAUUUAAUCCAUUAACAAGUUUAUGUAUACUGAAUGUAUGCUACUAAUACACCGACAACUAUGGCAAAUUGUAUUAAACAUGGACCAAUUGCCCGCAUGUUAACUUUAGGAAAGUUUGCUCAUUUAAAUGAUUUAAUAGUAUAUAAGCCAUUAUUAAAAUAUUGGCCAAUUAAUUAACUAAUUGAUUUGGCGAACUUUGACCACACCAAAGACUUAACCUUCAUACAAUUGGCUGUCGUUAUUUCUCUUUCUGAUUUGUGUCUAUAAGCUAUAUAUUUGUAAGAAACUAAUCUAUAUUGAAAUUAAGUUAAACACAUUUACUUCAUUUACAUAUCAUUCCCUCUUAGCAGCCAGUCGUAUCUUCACUUUAGUGAGUUUGAAUAACACUACCUGGUAUAUUUAAGGAAGAAGUGUACAAGUUUGCGGUGUAUUUCAUAAUGCUCACAUUCACCUCUCACUCGUUGUUUCGUUAUCAACAGCAUGUACAUUUUUAUACAGAUUAUUAGCAGGGACUUAUGUACUUAAUUAUUUGUUACAGUAUUCAGUUAUGCUAAUUUCCCUCAACGUAAUAGUGAUUUUUUAGUAAUCUUAACAAAUAAGUGAGCUAAUUGUUUACAAGACCAAAAGAAAACGCUAACUUUCUUAGUGUUAAGCACGAAAUGCCUCCAUAUAAGCCAGCGCCUAUGCGCGACCCUUUAAAAAAACAACUCAAUAAAACCAAAUAAUGAAUAAAUUGGAAUCUAGCUGUUGCUAUCUGCAUGGAUUUUUGGUUGUCAGGGCCUCUUUAAUGUGAUUAAAUGUGAAUCUUUCCGGCGAUCUCAUUGGCGGAGCCAUGAGACCGAACACUAUACCUCUGAUACUAUUGUACGUAGCAUCGGUAUAUAACUAUAUAUAGUAUCACUGCUUUCAAAAAAUCGAAACUAUUUCAUGAAAUUGGUCGCCCUAUUUUUCUGCAAAGAUGCAUAAUAGUCAUGCAUAUGUUGUUAUAAAUUGUUAUGAAAAUAAAAUAAAAAGAUAUAAGUUA